AUGGUUGUUGCUCUUGUCACAGGCGGAAACACUGGUAUCGGCGAGGCCGCUGUUCGCCAGCUGGCCAAGACCCCCGAUUUCCAUGUCAUUAUCGGAUCCCGCAGCCUCGAUUCUGGCAACAAGGUCGCAGACACCCUCAAGCAAGAAGGGCACUCUGUUUCUGCCGUUCAGCUGGACAUCAGCUCUGAUGAAUCCAUUGCAAAGGCUAUCGACGAAAUCACAAAAGCCCAUGGAAAGCUGGAUGUUCUCGUCAACAACGCCGGCGUUCUCCUCGACGGACAAAUCUCCUCUACUCGCGAACUCUUCUCCAAAACCUUUAACACAAAUGUCUUUGGAACAGCCGCUUUGACCGAGGCUGCUCUUCCGCUCCUUCAAAAGAGCGAUCAUCCACGCGUUAUCUUCGUUUCUUCGACGAUGGGUUCGCUUGAAGUCUCAGGCGAUGACAGUACCCCAUUUUACCACUCCGACUACAAGGCUUACGAUGCCAGUAAGGCGGCUGUCAAUAUGCUUGCGAUCAACUACGCCCGCAUUCUGAAGCCCUACGGUGGUGUUUCGAACGCUGUGUGCCCAGGUCUUGUUAAGACCAGGAUGAACGGUUACAUGGAGGGAGGUACAUCGGUCGAUGUUGGGGCCCAAAGAAUUGUCGAGCUUGCAACCUCAGCCCCGGGAGGCCCUACCGGAACCUUCUCUAACAAAGACGGUAGCAUCCCUUGGUAA